AUGUCAACAGAAGAAAAGCAAUCUCAAUCGACCCAAGAUAUGAGUUCAAAUGCAGGGUUUCUUUUUACAAUAAACCUUAUAAUAGGUGCAGGUCUUUUAAGUGUCCCUUACGCUUUUAGAUUAAGUGGCUGGCUAAUUUCAGGAUCUUACACAAUUAUAUGCUGCAUUUUAGGAUAUGUCUGGUCUUGUCAGCUCAUUGAAGUUAUGAGCCGAUGUGAAGCUCUUCUUCAGCUUAAAGAAAGAGGCCAAAAUAUCGCAAGGCCAAGCUUAAAAAUUCUUCUUUUUGGCACAAACCAAGUCAAGUCUGAUUUAAAUCGGAAAAUUCUGAGUUAUGAAGACAUUACCCCAGACAUCACAAAGAGAAGAAUUGAUAUCAGCGAAAUUGUUGAUUUGAUUUUUGGGAAACACUGGCAAACUGUUUAUCUUGUUCUUAUUGUUACAGUCUCAAUUUUAGCUUUAGCCAGCUAUGGAGUCGUAUUUUCAAGCUCUUUGGCUUCAAACAUUGAUAUUGGGAUCGUAAAUUCGUGUGAUAUUUAUCAGUAUGAAGGAUUCUUUAAUGAAUGCAAAAAUACAUAUUGGUUUUAUUUGGCUAUUUUUUCAGGGAUAUCGAUAUAUUUAACGUUGGUUGAAAUCUCUGACUCCCCUUCUGUGGCGAGAGCAAAAAAUUUUGUUUGCUCAUAUGAAAGAGUAUUAUUUUUUUAAUAAAUUUUAAGUAAUUUUUUUAAAAAAAUGUAAAAAAAAGCUAUUCGAAAUAAAUUUUAAUGCAAAUAUAAAUUAAUCUAUAAAAUUUAUGUUUUUAAAAUAAAAAACUAUCUAAAAUUAAACAGAAUUAGCUUGAAAUUUCAUUAUAUUUCACUUAUAUCAAAAUAUUUUUUUAUUAAAUUUUUAGACUUCGUUUUUGAACUUGCCCAAUGGCUUUGUUCGCUCAUAGGGGGAGAGUGAGCAGAAAAUCGUCCAGUCAAUAAUAGCUUAUAUUUCGAUGCUAAACAUUGUGGUGGUGUCAAGUCUUUGCAUUAUAAGCCUUGCAGCAGGGACGAUGGUGGAUAGUGAUGAGCCUAGAGAAGGCUCAGAUUUCAUUAUGGCGGAUGUGUAUAAUAUUGGCACAAGUCUGCCGAUCAUUCUUUUAGCUACAAUUUAUCAGCCUUCGUUGCCAAGUGUUAUAGAGGGCUUCAAAGAAAAGCUUGGAAUUAGGAUAAUUAAGAUUAUUAAAUCAUUUUACAUAAGACCUUUUACUCUUUACGAAUAAGAAAAUGUUAAGUACAAAUCAUAAAUUAUUUGCCCAUUUAAUUAAGCUUGAAAUUAAGAAAGUACUAAAACGCGCUUUGAUUGCAUCCCUCAUUAUCUACAUAGCGAUGGGAAUCUUUGUUCCUUUAGUAGUCCCAAAUGUUCAUGGACAGUACAACAUCAGCUUUAGAAACUAUUCAGCUGGCUUUUCACAAGAAGAAAGACCAUGGUGGACUUACAUCAUUGCUUACUUUCUUGUCCUAUCUCCUGCGCUUGGAAUUUUAUCAUCAUUUCCUCUUCUCGCAAUUCCUAUUGCCCACAAUAUCAUAUCAUCAAUCGGCCUUUCCAAAUCAACAAUAGGGGAAUAUGGCACUAAGCUUGCCUGCUGCCUUAUACCACUGCUUAUAGCGUUUUUUGAGUAUAAUUUGGUAAGCUCUAUUUAGGGAAACAUUCUUUCGAUUGCUGGGAUAAUUUUAAUACUCUUGGUUUCAGUUGCAAUUCCUUUUAUGUGUAUUGGUGCAAGAGAAAUGAUAGAAACGAAAUCGAUUUAUGACUUCCCUUAUACACCUAGGAUUGUUUCGUUAGCAAUCAUUGUGGUACACAUGUUGAUUGCGCUCUCAAAAAUUUAUAGUGUCGUUUCCUAG